UGAUUUAUAAAGGUGAGGGGGUAAACGGUAGGAAGUAAACUAUCAUCAGUACUAAACUAAAUCUCAUAUUUGUGGUGAUAAAGUGUGUUCAUCCAGCUGCUGCAGUCAGUCUGUGGUCAUGUCUGUGGACUGGGUUGGGUUCAGCUAUGCUGCUCUGGUGUCAGCAGGAGGGAUCAUGGGUUACCUGAAAGCAGGCAGCAGCACCUCUCUGGUUGCAGGUCUCCUGUUCGGCCUGCUGGCUGCGGUCGGCGCUUAUCUGGCAUCUCAAAAUCCGAAGAAUGUCUGGCUUUCACUCGGCACCUCGGGAACGCUGGCCGUGGUGAUGGGACUGAGGUUUCUCAACUCGUGGAAGUUCAUGCCAGCUGGUUUAAUGACUUUAGCGAGUGUGCUGGUGCUGAUGAAGAUCAUCAUUGGGAUGCUGAAGAGACCACAUAAAUUAUCAUAAAAAAAGUGACAUUUCUGUGUUUCUGUACAUAUUUAUGACCAAAAAAUUCCACUUUUUCACAAAUGAUGAUUCACAAAUGAUGUUUUUUCUAUUAGAGUCUAGUUAUGUAUAAAAAUAUUUUGAUUAUUGAUUAUACAAAUCCAUUUUUGUACAGUUAGAUGUUUAUGUUUGUAAACAUGUAUGAAAAAUGAUCACUGAACC